CACCUCCCCCGCGAAGUUCCAGAGCUGGACUCUGUCCGACUCGGUCUUGCAGCGCCUCUAGGCUGCGGAUCCGGCUCCAACCACCUGCGCUUGGCUCUGCGUCCUGGGAAGCGGGGAGGAGAGAGGAGAGAGGGAGGAGGCGAGGGGAGGAGGAGAGCGGCAGCUUACACACGCCUUCCAGUCUCUCCAGUCAGAGCAGCUCAGAGACCGCUGCUGGCGCCGCUGCUAUCGCUGCCGCUGCUGUCGCUGCCGCCGCAGCUGCCACCUGAGGAGACCGCCUGGACCUGUCGCCACCCCCUGUCGCCACCCCCGGCGGUUCCUUUCUAGCACUGGGCUUUUUAUGCACACUGACACUACCAUUAUUAUUAUUAUUAUUAUUCUAAGAGAAGGGAAAUAACAGACCAGCUAAAAAGAACAGCGUCCACCUUUAUUCAAGUGUCUCCCGGGAAGAGAGGGUCGCCGGUCCCGGGAGGAGCAGCCACAGGGGCCAAGGGCGGGUGUUGAAGGGAAGGCAGGAGGAGUUGGGGCACUGCGCGGUGGAAAGUUGCGGCCCGCGGAGAUCCGAAGGUGCAGCGCCACAGCCCAGGGGGCGGUGUGUCUGGGAGAAGCCGCUGCCCCCUGUGUCCCGACCCGCGAGCGCGCGGGCAGCGCGAGGCCGAGGACGACGCCCCCUCCUGCUGCGUGGACUCUGAAGGUGGCCCCCAAGGAGGAGGAAUAUGGCAUCGAAGGCGGCCCCCUCCUGCCGUCUGGUCAUCUGUCUCUUGAUCUCCGCUGCAGUCCUCAGGCCAGGUCUUGGAUGGUACACUGUAAACUCAGCGUAUGGAGAUACCAUUAUUAUGCCUUGCCGACUCGAUGUACCUCAGAAUCUCAUGUUUGGCAAAUGGAAAUAUGAAAAGCCAGAUGGCUCCCCAGUAUUUAUUGCCUUCAGGUCCUCGACGAAGAAGAGUGUACAGUAUGAUGAUGUACCAGAAUACAAAGACAGAUUGAGCCUCUAUGAAAACUACACCUUGUCGAUCAGCGACGCAAGGAUCGGUGAUGAAAAGAGAUUUGUGUGCAUGCUAGUGACGGAAGACAACGUGUUUGAGGCCCCUGCAGUGGUCAAGGUGUUCAAGCAACCAUCUAAACCUGAAAUUGUAAGCAAAGCCCCAUUUCUCGAAACAGAGCAGCUGAAAAAGUUGGGUGAGUGCAUUUCAAAAGACAGUUAUCCAGAUGGCAACAUCACGUGGUACAGGAAUGGAAAAGUGCUGCAACCCGUUGAAGGAGCGGCGGUCAUAAUUUUUAAAAAGCAAAUGGACCCAGUAACUCAGCUCUAUACCAUGACUUCAUCUCUGGAAUACAAGGCAACCAAGGCUGACAUACAAAUGCCAUUCACCUGCUCUGUGACAUAUUAUGGACCGACUGGCCAGAAAACAGUUUACUCUGAUCAAGCAGUCUUUGAUAUUUACUAUCCUACCGAGCAGGUGACAAUACAAGUGCUGCCACCAAAAAAUGCCAUCAAAGAAGGGGACAACAUCACUCUUAAGUGCUUAGGAAAUGGUAACCCUCCUCCUGAGGAGUUUUUGUUUUACUUACCAGGACAGCCCGAAGGAAUAAGAAGUUCAAACACUUACACAUUGACAGAUGUGCGGCGCAAUGCAACAGGAGACUACAAAUGCUCCCUGAUAGACAAAAAAAGCAUGAUUGCUUCAACAGCCAUCACAGUUCACUAUUUGGAUUUGUCCUUAAACCCAAGUGGGGAAGUGACCAAGCAGAUCGGAGAUGCCCUGCCUGUGUCAUGCACAAUAUCUGCUAGUAGGAACGCGACUGUGGUAUGGAUGAAAGAUAACAUCAAGCUUCGAUCCAGCCCAUCAUUUUCUAGUCUCCAUUAUCAGGAUGCUGGAAACUAUGUCUGUGAAACUGCUCUGCAGGAGGUUGAAGGACUAAAGAAAAGAGAGUCAUUGACUCUGAUUGUAGAAGGAAAACCUCAAAUCAAAAUGACAAAGAAAACUGAUCCCAGUGGACUGUCUAAAACAAUAAUCUGUCACGUGGAAGGUUUUCCGAAACCAGCUAUACAAUGGACAAUUACUGGCAGCGGAAGCGUCAUAAACCAAACAGAGGAAUCUCCUUAUAUCAAUGGCAGGUAUUAUAGUAAAAUUAUCAUUUCCCCUGAGGAGAAUGUUACAUUAACUUGCACAGCAGAAAACCAGCUGGAGAGAACAGUAAACUCCUUGAAUGUCUCUGCUAUAAGUAUUCCAGAACACGAUGAGGCAGACGAGAUAAGUGAUGAGAACAAAGAAAAGGUGAAUGACCAGGCGAAGCUAAUCGUGGGAAUCGUUGUCGGUCUCCUCCUCGCCGCCCUCGUUGCCGGUGUUGUCUACUGGCUGUACAUUAAGAAAUCAAAGACUGCAUCAAAACAUGUAAACAAGGACCUUGGUAAUCUGGAAGAAAACAAAAAAUUAGAAGAAAACAAUCACAAAACAGAAGCCUAAGAGAGAAACUGUCCCACUUGUCCAGAGAAAAAAACUAUAUAGACCAAUUGAAGCAUGAACGUGGAUUGUAUUUAAGACAUAUACAAAGACAUUGACAGCAACUCGUGGUUCAAGUAUUAAGCAGUUCAUUCUACCAAGCUGUCACAGGAUUUUAGAGAAUUAUCUCAAGUGAAAUAAUGAAAUGAAAUUACAAACAAUGACAAGAAGUUUUGGCAGCCAUGAUAAUAGUUCAUAUGUUGUGUUGGUUUAAUUUUUUUUUCUGUAAAUGUCUGCACUGAGAAUUUCUUUUUGGUUUGCCUUUUCUGUAAAUUUUUUACGUAGCUAUUUUUAUACACUGUAAGCUUUGUUCUGGGAGUUGCUGUUAAUCUGAUGUAUAAUGUACUGUUUUUAUUUCAAUUGUUUAUAUGGGUAAUCUGAGCAGGUACAUUUCUGAUUCUGAUUGCUAUCAGUAAUGCCCCCAAACUUUUUCACAAGCACCUAAAUCCCAAAGGUGGCAGCUUGUGAAGAUUGGGGACGCACAUUGCCUGAAGCAAAAGCUGUGAUUUUUAUCACAGGGGAAGAGGCGCCAGAGGGUCAGAUUGGCCUGCACCAGGUAAGCCACUGCUGUGUGUGUGCCACCAGCUGACUCUCAGAAGUAAACCACACACACAUAUGGACACACACAUAAUAAUGGUACUCCCAAACUCACAAUUUUACCUACUCUGAAAAAAACCUAACAGAAUUUGGGUAGCGUUUACCUUUAGAGACACCUUUAGAGUAAAUUAUUUUCUGUCAAAAUAAAAAAAAAAGCAAAUCAAUGUGUGAGAGACAGUUUGGAAAAAUCAUGGGUAACAUUUCCAUAUUCAUAGAUCACAAUGUGAAUCACUGUAAUUGAAAAUUGAUAUUAAAUCCUUUGGGUUAUCCACUGCCUUAAAAUUAUACCUAUUUCCUUUAAAAAAAAAAGAUAUCAGUCAGAAUUGGAGAUUUUUAACAGUGAUCAUUAUCAAAGCUGUGUUAUUUUCCACAGAAUAUAGAAUAUAUAUUUUUUUCGUGUGUGUUUUUGUUAACUACGCUACAGAUAUUGAAUGCACCUUGAGAUAAUUUAGUGUUUUUAACUGGUAUAUAAUUUAUCAAGCAGUACAUGAAAGUGUAAUAAUAAAAUGUCUAUGUAUCUUUAGUUACAUUCAAAUUUGUAACUUUAUAAACAUGUUUUAUGCUUGAGGAACUUUUUAGGGUGGUAGUAUAAAUGGAGACUUUUGAGGUAGACUGGAUACGGGCCAAGAGCUACUUGUGACUAGACUUUUAAACUUUGCUCUUUCAAGCAGAAGCCUGGUUUCUGGGAGAACACUGCACAGUCAUUUUUGUCCCAAGGUUUACAUAACUUUAUUGAAAAAAAAAAAAGAACAUCAGAUUUCCAGGUAUAAAACUGUGUUCUUUGGGAGGAAAGGGAAAACUGGUGUUUGUUUUUUUUUAGAUUGAUGGAAUAAGAAAUUAUGAAGGCAAUGAAAAAUAAACUGAAGAUUAAAGUCAGAUGAAGAUUAGGAAAUAAAUACCUUGCCACUUCUGCAUUAUUUAGAAAUACGCGUUAUUGUACAUUUGUAAACCAUUUGCUGUCUGGGCAAUAGUGACUCAGCUUAAUAAAAGCUUCCUGUAGUGUAUUGGUAUCAAUUAAAUACAUAAAAUAUUCUAUUAGUCUUGAUGCUGUAAAAAAAAUUAUGGGGAAAAAAGAAAAUAUGUUAUUUUGCCUCUAAACUUUGAUUUAUUGAAGUUUUAUUUGGCAGGAAAAAAAUUGAAUCUUGAUCAAUAUUUAAACCAAAGUGAAAGGGGAAAAACCAAAGUUGUUUGUUUUGCAUGGCUAAGCCAUUCUGUUAUCUCUGUAAAUACUGUGAUUUUUUUUCUUUUAUCUUUAGAAUUUUGUUAAAGAAAUUCUAAAAUUUUUAAACACCUGCUUUCCACAAUAAACCAUGAACACUAAAAUGAAAUUACUUCCAUAUAAAUAUAUUUUUUCUUUUUUUUUUUUUGGUAUGAGAGAUCAAAGAUUCAAAGUCUAACUCUAACUCCUAAGAUAAAUUUGCAGAAAGAAGCAAUGUGACAAUAGAAAGAAAGGUUUAUACUAUAACUAUUUCCUGACUACUGUGGUUAACUAAAUCCAAAAACAGCUGUCAGAACCUAGAGAGCGGAACAUAGGAAACUCUGAAGUCUGGACUGAAAGCAGAAAGUUUGCCAGGGGAAAGGAGACAACAUUGUCACAGGGAAUCAAUGCCUGGAUAAGAAGGAAAGUUCAUGUGUGUAACGGCGGUCAUGGCCAGGCUGGGAAGGAAGACAAUGCACAGUCCUCAGCUUCUGAGGUUUCAUCUCUCCAACUAAACUCCUUAACAGGAGACAGAUUUUGCCAGCUCAAUGUUCACUCCCUAUCUGUGGUUACAGGAAUUGUAUGUGGAAAUGGAUUAACAUACCCGUCUAUGCCUAAAAGAUAAUAAAACUGAAAUAUGUCUUCACAUA